GGUACUACUACCAUUAUUAAUACCACUACCACUUCAGGUACUACUACUAUUAUUAAUACCACUACCACUUCAGGUACUGGUACUACUACCAUUAUUAAUACCACUACCACUUCAGGUACUACUACUAUUAUUAAUACCACUACCACUUCAGGUACUACUACCAUUAUUAAUACCACUACCACUUCAGGUACUACUACUAUUAUUAAUACCACUACCACUUCAGGUACUACUACCAUUAUUAAUACCACUACCACUUCAGGUACUACU